AUGCUGAUAGCGUCGAUAUAUGUCCCUCUUCGAGCAAGACUAAACAUCGACAUUUUCCACGAGUUAUACGGAAUCAACAACGACUGUAUUAUCGUUGGAGAUCUGAAUGCAGCACUCCUCCAGAUGGGAUCUAGAAGAACGAACGCAAAAGGCAAACAGCUCCAAGAACUGAUCAACGAAGGCCUUUUGAACUGUGUCGACGAUGCUAUUACCACAUUUGAAAAGAACGAGUACGAAGAAAAAAUUGACUGGAUUUUAGCCAGUCAACCACUCUUUUCAUUCAUAUCAAAUGUCGAAACACAUCCAACAUUAGGACUUCUCAGUGGACACAAGCCAUUAACCUUCGAUAUCUCGAUCGGAACUGAAGUCAACGCCGCAUCACCACGAAUAUCGCUCAACUUCAAGAGAGCCAACUGGAGGAAAUACAGAAACACACUGGACGAAAAACUGAAAACAUGGAACAAGCCAGGUCCAACCUUACCCGGUGACAUAGACGACUAUGCAGAGUUCGUCACAAAUUGCAUCACCACUGCCUCCAACGUAGCCAUCCCAACAACAUCAAUGCCGAAUACAAACUUCAAAGUAAGUGAAGCUUCCCAACGUCUGAUCAAGAACAAACAUCAAGCAUAUCGACGUUGGAAAAAGACUGGAGAAGCAGCAGACAAACAACAAUUCUACAACUCUAAAGUCCUGCUAGCCAACUCCCUUAGGAACGACAGAAGGCACAAGUUUAAGCAAUUAAUGGAAUCCCUCUGUCGAAAGAAGAUGUAUUCGGAUGAAGUAUGGCUCACGGUGCGAAAGUUCCACAACAAACGGAUCAAGCAAACAUACCCGAGCACGAUGCAGUACAACAACACUACAGCAGCGACAGGCAAAGAGAAGGCAGAUAUCUUCGCGGACUAUUUCGAGAAAGAGGUCUACUUCAAAGUGCCUGACACGCUCCCGUUUCACAAGCAAGUUGUACGACAAGCCAAAAAAGUGAAGAAGGGUGUGCUACAUCCGUCAACCACCACCAAAUGGAAAAAGGUUUCAACCAAAGAAGUUAAGUGGCAUAUCAAACAAUUACGCAACAGCGCCACUGGCCCUGAUAAUGUGCAUAACAGAUGCCUGAAAAACCACACCGAAUUAUUUGUACAACACCUUACAGCGUUGUACAAUACGAUUCUGGAAGUUGGAUACAUACCAGACAUCUGGAAGAAAGCACAUAUUAUCUUACUGUUGAAGCCAAACAAGGACAAGCGUCUACCAUCCAGUUAUCGUCCCAUCAGUCUCCUGAGCUGUCUCGGUAAAUUGCUGGAGAAGAUCAUCAAGCAAAGGCUCACGCUCGAAAUCGAACGUCGAAACAUUCUGCCAGCACAUCAGGCAGGAUUCCGUGCGAAGAAGAGCACAUUAUACAACAUCGUCCGACUUGAACGCUUCGCAAGAAGUAAACUCCAUCGGCCCGGAAUUAGACAACACUCCGCUGUCAUUUUCUUCGACAUCAAAGCCGCAUUUGAUUCAGUCUGGCACGAUGGCCUUAUAUACAAGCUACAUGAUCUUCGUCUCCCGCAAUACCUUACCAACUACCUGAUCUCCUUCCUCCACAAAAGGACUGCUGCAAUCGAAAUCGACAAUGAUAUAUCUCGUCCGUUCCAGCUGCAGAGUGGUACACCACAAGGGUCGCCGUUAUCUCCACUCCUAUACAUCAUCUACACGGCCGACUCGAUGAACGAUAUACCACCGCACACGGAACAUGGUCUCUUCGCUGACGACACUGCUCUAUGGACAUCAUCCAACACCCUGACCAGUCUUUCACAAAGACUACAACAAUCCAUAGAUGCAUUCGAAAGUUGGUGCAAAUCAUGGAAACUGAAGCUACAACCAACAAAGACCGAGAUGAUCCACUUUAGACUUCACCCAAGAAAGAAAUACAAGCAUCCAGUAGAAGCCAAAGUCGAAAAUACUACCAUCAAACCUCUGGAUGCAACCCGAUACUUGGGCGUGAUUAUCGACAAGCAACUGAAGUGGAGAAAUCAUCUUCAACAUCUCGAAUCGAAAAUGGCUGGACGCAUUAGUCUUCUACGAUACUUAGCCAAAUCAGCGCAAGAACCUAACCAAAAGACGAUGAUAAACAUCUUCAAAGCGAUCGUUAGACCAGUGAUGACAUAUGGAUAUCCAGUUUUACUAACAGCAAACGACAAAAUAUGGGAUCGGCUACAAAUCAUCCAAAACAAAGCGCUUCGCGCUACUCUCGGCCUGCCGAUCUACACUUCUGUCGAAUAUAUACAUCGGAUAUCCAAAAUACCGAAAAUCAAAGAAUAUGCAACAUCACUGCUCCACAAGUCCAUUAACACAGCCUCAUCAAACAAAGAUCAAACACUCCUCCAACACCUUCAAGACAUCGCAAACCAACUAUGA